UCUUCACUUCUUCGCGCGCCUUCAUCGAGAGCUGAUCUGGGUCUGAAGCGGUGCGAAGUAAACGCGUAACGCGUGCUGCAACAACUUUUGUUUAAAUUUAAAAAUAAAAAAAGUUGCGUUUACUGGAUGUGCGCAAAGAAAUAUUUUCACACUUCUUAUGUGAACGUUUAUGUAGUGAAUAUAAACAAUUAAAUAUUAAACGUGUUAGUGAAGAUUUAAAUAUUGAAACUUUGAAUUUGACAAUUUAAGAAGAAGAAAAGACAUCAAAAUUAAAGAAAGUUAAUGAAUAGUUUAUAACUAUGGAGCGAAACAUGAACGUGGUGUUUUUUGUCCUCGGAGCACUUUUAAUCACUACUCCUGCAACUGCGAAGAAUGAUAUUGAUAAUGACAUAUCAGAAUCAUUCGCCAGUACAACCGCAAACAGUCUGGACUCGAUAAAUCUUCGAAAAGCAUUAUUACGAGCCUUAACAGAGUUAGAAAACGAAGAAGUUCAGAAGGACGAUGAUGAUAUCUCGUCAAAAACGAUAUUUUUUUCCACCACAGCCAAAACUCCAGAACGUAUCAUAGAAAAAGCUUCUGCAUCAGCAAUUUCUUUCCUUGCGAAUGACAACAGUGAAGAACCAGUUAAAUCUACAACAGAAACAUCCAAAAAUGAAGAUUCUGAUCAACAAGAAGAAGAAAAAACUGAAAAACCAAUCGUAAUCAUUCAAAAAUCCGACGGAGUUCAACACAGACCAAUUAUCUCCGUUCUUAACGAGAAUAACGAAGAAACUAAUGAAGCAUUAAGUCUAAGUGCUUCGAGUUCAUUCCAUGAUGAGACAAACAAGAAUAAUUUCAUACGAAGCUCACCGAAACCCGUCAAUAACCUCAAUCUGAACGCAGUUACCGUAAAUGAUAAAUCAUUCACACCCGGAGUUAAAUCUGUGUCCAUUACACCGAAAUACGAAACAGGUUCGACCACAACGCCUAGACCGACUCCAACAACAGAAGAAAGUGAAGCUAAAGUUGAAGAUGUGCAAUUUUUUUCAGCACCGCUUGUCGCAGCUUUCACAGUGCAUCAGGACGAGCGUGGAUUGCCAAAUAAAGUCGAACCGAUUUUCAAACAAGCCGGACAGAGUGCUGUGAGUGUUUCUGAAGUUGCUGACAAGCAGAGACAAGAAGUAUUGAGGCAGGAAGAGAUCAAACGUGAAGAAUAUCGAAGACAACUUGAAGCAGAAGCAAAACAAAAAUCAUUGGAGUUUCAAUUGAAGACUUUGCAAGAACAACAAAAACAACAACAGGAAUAUCUUGUAAGACAACAAAGGAUUAUUCAAGAUCAACAGUUACAACAUCAGAGGUUAUUGGAGGAACAAGCGAGGUUAAAUCAGAACGAUCGGCCAUUUUUACCGAUUUUGAAUAGUGUUCAUAGCACUACUGAGAGGCCUGUCUUUUUUACUACGACGAGCAGUAAUAGUUUUAAUACCUUCCAGAAGGCUAGGGAGAUUAAUCCGACUAUAACUAAUUUUAAUGGAGGGGGAAAUAUUCAAUCUACACCUAAUCCUUUGAGUUUGAAUGGUGUUAGUAAUAGUUUACCACCAUCUCCUCCAAAAUUCUUCCAAGAGUUACCUUUGACUACACCAAGUCCUCUUUUUAACCAGAAUUUGAAUCAGAAUCAAAACCAACUUCGUUUUAAUAAUAAUUUUAAUAACCUUAAUAAUGUUAACUCUAACCUCAAUCAAAAUGGUAAUAAUUUCAAUGGAAACUUCAAAAACACUUUCAAUAACAAUUUUAAUAACUUAAAUGGUAAUACAAAUCAAAACUCUAAAUUUAAUAAGUUCCAGAAUACAGUUGUGUCUUUACAAUCGUCGUUAUCAUUGUCUCCAGGGGAUUUACAAUCUGGUAAACUCCCGUUAAACGCUCAAAUAUUACCUGUGAGGAAUGCGAUUGAUUUCCAUCAGUCUCCUAACCCUAAUCUCAACCUGAAUAAUAACUUUAACUUUAGGCAACCAACUCUACUCAACCAACAACAACAGUUUUUCCCUAAUUCAUUCCAAUCUUUCCCUAAUAAUAAUAAUAAUAACUUUAAUAAUGUACGACAAGGCACACGAGUCUUCCGUCAAGAAUCCAACACUGCCAAUUUUGGUUUUAAUAACAAUUUCAACCAAAACACAAAUCAAAACUUCAACAAUCAAGCGCAAAGUUUCAGUAUUCAGCAGUCACUUGAACCACCAUCGCGUUUCUUCCGCUCAAACAGUGAACAAUUCCAAACUGCGCCUGGUUUAGUCAACAAAAACGUUUACCAACCACAAAAUGUCAACCAACAAUUGAAUACCCUACUGUAUCAUUCUGGUAUCACAAGAAAUGUGAGGCAGAAUGAUGAUUUACACAUUGUUUCGAAGAUUUUGUCUUUUAAUUUGGGCAGAGAUAAUGUCUACGCAGGAUCAAGAGUUCACGAACAACGAGUUAAACAUUAAUUAUAUUAAAGAGGAAAGAAAGAAAAAAACCAUAUGAAAAUGAGUCAUAGUCAUAAAUAUUUAAACGUAGUGUUAGUCUAAAUCUAAAAUCAUGAAUAAAAUCAUGUGAAAUCAUAGUUUUUACAUUUCAAACCGAAUGGAAUCAAUUUCAGUGCCACAAAUGUACUUCCUGAACUCUUGCGCCUAUUUAUUCAUUGUUUCUGCCUGUAUCUUACGAAAAUUACUUAUGUAAUGCAAGUACAAUCAUAGUGUUAGUUAUUUUUAUACUUAACCUUAAAAAUAUGAUAGUUUUGAUGUAAUUUAAGGACUGAACAUCGCUAGAAAUUAUUUUUCGAGUUUUACACCUUUAUUUUGUAUUUACUUUAAUAAAAACAUGUAAAAUUACAUACGAAAUGAUUAUAUUUGUAUAAAAAAUAUAAAAAUACUACUUUUAUUCAUUUUUAUGUUAGUUUUAGGUAAUAAAAUGAAUAUUUAAGGCCUAGGAAUCAUCUGCAGGUAAUAAUCA